AUGCGCCGCUCAGCGCCGGUGAGCACCGCCCGCUGCCCCCCGGAGCCACACCUACAAGGACCUCCCUCAGGCCUGAUUGGCGGGUUACAGGCCCCGCGCUCCGAUUGGGCGAUAAUUCAGGUCCUGCGACCUGAUAGCACGGGGAUUCGGAGCCGGCGCUCCACACGUGUCUCACAUGCCUGCCGGAAGUCGGCUCCCAACCCGGCCGACUCCCGCCGGCCGACCCGCCUGCGCCCUCCUUCCGCCCCCGGAAUCCGACGCAGUCUCCCAGCGGAGCCUCCUUCGUGCGGCGCCGGAUCGGGACGCGGCAGAACGGAGCUGUCCGUGGUCCCCGCCUGGGCGAGGGGUUCGGAGCGCCUGUCCCGCGUACUGGAGCGCAGCCCGGGAGCCGGCGCCAUCACCGCAGGGGUAAUGUCCUCGGAUGGAAACGGAUUCAUUCUACUGUCACUCGUGACAGGCAGACGUCAGGCCACCUCCUCUCCAGUCGCCUGGCGACCUCCUUACCAACUCCUGUCCUUGCUGCGCGCUCAGAGACUGGGAGGGCCCCAAGGGCAGGUGUACAUGAAGGAGAGGACCACCCAAAGCCACAGAGAGGAGCCUGGGAGCGCUCCCUCUUGGAUGGUGCCCUGGGACCCUGCACCCUGAUGGAUCUGCUCUCCCCUGCUAGAACCUGUGACCCGGCAGAGCUCCGGACCGCAACCUCACAUCUCCUGAUGGGGCGGCCAUUGAACACUGGAGCUGGGUCCCUCCUCCCAGACUGGGACAUCCUGACUCAGUUUCCCCAUGGAGCUCCCCCUUGUCCAGAGCUGGGACAGAGGGGAUAGGUCUGAACGGGACAGGAGGGCCUGGGGACUUCUGGUGUUGGGAGUCUGUGGGAAUGAGGUCCUCAUGGCUCUGUGUCCUUCCUCUUAAGAACAGAGACACUCAGCGAUGACGUCACCGCAUGCAAGGCAGGGCCCAGCUGUUUUGACUUGUGACCUUUGAUACACUGAGGCCUGGCCCCGCCCCCCUGCACCUCUGGAGCUUGACCAAGUGUGCCCUGCAACCCAUUUCUUACCGCACUGUUAUCAGGCUCUCUCCACACAGGAGUCCUGAAAUUUGGGUCCCCUCCAACACCGAGGAAACACUGGGACGGGGACCCAGCUCCAGGUCUGUGAUGUAGGAAAGAUGUUAGGUUUCGAAGCCGACAGCCAAGAAAGAAUUCUUGAGAUGUCUUUGGUGCAAAAAGGUGGUUUUAUCAAAGUACAGGGAACAGGACCCUUGGGCAGAAGGAGCUGCACUGGGGCCAUGAGGAGUGGCCCAUUACAUCCAUGCAAGUUGGUCGGGUGUUAAGGAGAGUGUAUGUCUGGAAGGAAUUCUGGAAGCAAGGCUUCCAGGAUCGUGACGAUAUAGCUGUUGUUCGGAAAGGUCACUCAUUGCCGUUUUGUGAACCGUGAGUCAUGAAACCCUUCAAAUGUGUAUCAGUGGGUGGGUUGGUCGGUCGUAUGUUUGUGGGAGGAUUGCCAACAUGUA